AUGCCAAUUCUCAACUUGAGCGAGCUCAACAUUGUGUUGGCAGUAUUAGGUGGCUUCAUGACAGUUUAUGGUGUGAUUUCUGUAAAGAUCAAGCAGUCAUGGUACCUUGGAGAAGCACUACCUGCCAUGGUGUUUGGCAUUAUCCUUGGACCAGUAUCGGCAAAAUUCCUAGACUCGGAGAGAUGGGGUGCUGCCGUAGAAAGACAGACCGAGGACAUUGCACUGGGCCUCAUGCGGGUUGUCAUCGGUGUGCAACUCGUGAUCGCAGGUUACCAACUACCUGCCAAGUAUAAUGUCAAGCGCUGGAGAGAAUUGACCAUGUGUCUGAUUCCUGUCAUGACUCUCAUGUGGCUUUGCACAACUGGCUGCAUCCUGGCCACUAUCCCCAAGCUGAGCUUGCUCGCUGCCCUAGCACUUGCUUCAUGUGUCACUUGCACCGAUCCCGUGCUGUCGCAGGCCGUAGCAAAGGGACCUUUUGCAGACAAAUAUGUCCCGCGACAUCUGCGAGAAAUCAUCUCCUCCGAAGCCGGCGCCAACGAUGGUUUCGGCUUCCCUUUUCUCAUGCUUGCAACCUACCUGAUGCGACACGCUUUCGGUACGGGUGAUUACCACAAUGACGGCCAUGUGGAAAUCACCCACAAGCUGAUGGCUCGUGCUGGUGGCGAAGUUGGCCGUCUUGGAGGUGGCGUCGGCGAGGCCUUCAAGAACUGGAUCGUCGAGACUUGGCUUUAUUACGUCUUGAUGGGUAUUGCUUAUGGAGCAGUUGUGGGUUACGCUGCAUGCCGAGGCUUGAAAUUUGCACUUCGCCGGGGGUGGGUCGAUGAACAGUCAUAUCUGCUCUUCCCUGCAGCGCUGGGCCUCUUCAUCAUUGGAACAUGUGGUGCAAUUGGUACGAACGACCUUGUCGCGUGCACCGUUGCUGGUAACGCGUUGAACUGGGAUGGAGACUUUCUUGCCGAGACCCAUCGUCGACACGAUGAAGUGAAUCACUGUUUUGACGUCCUUCUGAACUUUGGUGGUUUCAUGUUCAUCGGAGCUGUGAUUCCCUGGGACCAGUUCCACGAUCCAGAUGGUACUGGUAUCACGGUGCCCCGACUCAUCGCUCUUGGCUUCAUGGUCCUCGCCUUUCGACGUAUCCCGGCCAUUCUUUUGCUUUACAAGCUUAUGCCUGCAGUGGUCCAAGACUACAAAGAAGCAUUGUUUAUGGGUUAUUUCGGGCCUAUUGGUGUCGGAGCUGUCUUCUAUCUAGAGCACAUCCGUCAUCUCUUCCCCCAUCCUGAAGACGCAGACGAAGAGGAAACGAACUUGCUCAACGCCCUUGGGCCAGUCAUCUACUUUCUAGUGUUCUUCUCCAUCGUUGUCCACGGCCUUUCAAUCCCUCUCCUCGACUUCAUCUACCGCCAACGCGGUGUUGAGCCUAUCCAAGACGACGCUGUGUCCAUUAGACGUAAGUCGUUCACUUCAGCCACUCCCGCCAAUGCCGUUGCUGGCGACGAGGACAACUUCAUCGCAUUCAACCGCUUCAGCCGGCCUCUAGGUGACAAUGCGUUGAACCCCCUCGAUUUGCCUCCAUGUGUGUUCGCUGGAGAUGAGUUUGCUACUUUCUCUGGUACACACUCCUCGGGUGAGGAUUCGGAGAGGGAAAGGGAGGAGCAAGAGAAGAGGGAGAGGCGUAGGACGAUUCAGUAUAUGGUAUAG